AUGGGUUCUGUCAUUCCUUCUCCUACCACACUCCCAUGGCCGGUAUCCACAGCAAGUCUCGGCGUUGUCGUUGCUCGAUUCAAGGAAGAUCUGACCCCUUGGCUUCCUGUCUCCAAAUAUGCCUAUGUAUACGACCAGGGCCAUAUUCCCCAGUCAAACGACACUGUCAACCACGACGAUUUUCGCUCCUACGUUCAGCUUCGGAACCUCGGUCGGGAGGGCCAGACGCACCUACAUCACAUCGUACACCACUAUGAUAAACUCGAAGACUACAUGAUAUUCUGUCAAGCGGCUCCGUUUGAUCUCAUUGGCGAUGUGGUCAAUUCCACCAUUCAGAUGGUCGAGGUGGCGCUUCAAGUUAAGCGCAACGAAGUGAAUCCCUUCAACCCAGCUUUAUUCCAUGAUGUCAAUGAUUGGGCAAAGAUCAAUUGGACAGAUCCAAAAGAAAGCAUCUGGAUGACGCCGAGCCAGUUGGCCUCUUUAGUUUUUGCGCCCUAUACACCUGCAGAACUUUGGCAUUUUGUGCUACGGGAACAUCAUCCCCCAGCUAUUCGAGCUGCGCAUGGUGGUACGUUUGCGGUGCGUCGUGAGACGAUUCGUAACCAGCCUCGAGAAGUAUACGAAAGAGCCCUGAAAAAGUUUGUCGAAGCCAACGCAACAAAUCCGGAAGUCGGCUUCAUGUGGGAACGAUUCUGGACCGCGACUUUCUCGAAUAAAUAUUGGCUUCCCGAAGUUGAGAAUCCAUAA